UGUUCAAAUCAGGAAGGAAGCGGGCAGAGUUACAAAGGAAACUUUUAGUUUAAGUAACAGUCACCAACGGUAGCUGCACUAGACAACAGAAAUGGCUUCAAAAUCCUUAAACGAGCUCGAAAAAUCUACCUGUUUUAGAGUCCGAACUUUGGCCAAGACAUUGUCUAUAUACCAUAUGAUACUUAGCAUUGUAAUCUUCACUGAAUAUUCACUAGAAGUGGUGAAGAGAAAGGAUUGCUGUCCAGAUGUCAGCAAGUUUUACAAAAUUGCGGAUGCUGCCUCCAGUUACCUCCUACUAAUAGUCUUAUUUGCGAUCAGUGUUUUGCUGUUUUGUGGAGAUCUGGCGAGUCGAGCAUCUCUAGUUAUACCAUUCUUCGCCUUACAGUUUAUGGAUUUAAUCCUUAGUGCCUUGGUACUCUGCAGCAUCUACAUUGAGCUUCCAACUUACAUAAGGACCAAGGCGCAAGGCAAUGUGGCUGCCCUAGAGCUCACCACUGCAUCAACUACAGCUAUCAACAUGUUCCUGAGUUUACUGACUCUAUGCAGCUCUUAUGCUGAAGUCCCAGCCUACCUAAAUCUACAGUCAAUGAAUUACAUGAAUUAUUUUAUGGAGGACAAUUUGGCUUCUCAGAACUUUGUUGUGGACCUGAUAACCUUCACUCUCCUACAUUUCUCUGUGCUUAUGUUUAAGGUGUCUAUGAUUUAUAGUGUAUGGAAAGUGUUCAAGAUUUUACGUACUAGGAAGCAGUUCACAUCUGUGGAGACCCCUCAACCUAAAACUACAGACAAGGACGCACUGCCAUCUUAUGAAGAUGCAUUAAAAAUGCCAGUGAUCGAUUGUCCACCUCCAUAUUCCACCAUCAAACCCAUCGAAUCAUUCUGAAACUGACUCAAACAUCUUAAUAUAGGGACUCUGCAUGCUACCACUGGCUAUAGACAUUAGUCAAUGAAUCUGGCCCUCAGAUUGCUAUACAUUGACAUGGUCAAAAGGAAGAGGACAUACUUUCCAUUGACCUGCGUGAUCCAACUAUUCCAUUGGGUUGGUUAUUUUUGGGCUGGACUUCCCCGCAAAAUAAUAUUAAAAUAUAUGUCAGUCAACAUUUGUCUAAUGAUGUGAGAUGUUUUUAUCUCUAUUGAGUGUUUUGCUGGUUUUGCCUCAAUUAAU